ACUCCUGCCCUUGCUGCAUGUGAAAAGCCCUGUGUGCACAAUGGAUCAUAUCAUAAACAGUGUUUGGCCACUUUCCUUCCUGGGACUUGGGACUCACCCGCUGGUGCUGCCGGGCACAUCCUGAACCAGCCCUGAACCCUGCAGUCCCCAUAUCCUGCCAGGACAUGGGUUUCCCUGCUGCUGCCAGGACUUUGCUCCGACAUGAGCUCCCUCUGCACGUGCCAUCGCUUCCUGUGGUUCUGUUAUUGUGUGAGUUACUUUUUACAAGUUUUCCACAGAUUCUUUUGUAUGUGCUGGAUGUUCCAUGCUUCAGUGUAUAAACAACAGCUUUGCAAAUCCCCGGGAUUCUUCUUCCACCAGCCAGAUGUGCAGCCUCUCACCUUGCCAUGGUCUUGUCAAAUUGGUAAGACCAAUUCAUCAGCUGUUUGUUCAACAUUUGCAGGGCUGAUAAAUCCACCCUGAAAACAGAACAGUUUUGGUGUGGCUGGAUCUCUGCCUGGGAAAUAUCUCAUGGUUUAUAGACUCUGCUAACAUGAAAUGUGGUGGGGGAGCAGAAGGAAGCAGGGCCACAUGUGAUGCCCAACUCUUCCUGCUCAGAGCUGCCAGAGCACUGGGGAGUAAAUGUGCCAAAAACACGUGCCUGGAUGAACUGCUGAAAGUGCUUCACUUCACAGGACAGAUAACACAGUGUCAGGGUACUUGGGGCAAAAUUCAGUGCCAGAAGAUCAGCCAAGAUCUUGUGGGCUGAAGAAAACAAACCCUUUUUUGCCCCCUGGUCAAAAACAAGAGCUGAGGCAGGUUCACGUGUGCCUUGUUGUCACUGCUCCCACUGCACAUGGAAUCACUCUGCAGGUAUUUGCAGAGAUGUGGCUGACAGCAUAAAUUAGCAAUAUCUGUGGAAGAUACAAGCUCAGAAAAGUAUCUGCCAUGGAAACCGAGACUAAAGCUGAUGCUUUAGGAGUAAGACAUCAGAAAGCUGCCAAGAUCAAGCACGCGUUCCUUGUGAGCUCAUCUCGCACAGAGCAGUAACAAAUGUCUUUGCCCCUUCAAGCUUCUCUGCCCACUUUGUAUAAAUUUAGUUGUGCUUGGCUCUGACAGAGCGAUGAAGCAUGCCUCAUCUGUUUUUUUCCAGUAAUUUUUGUUUAUAUGGGUGUUUUAAUACUGUUUCCCAGUAAUGCCUGGAAGGAAUUAUUCAUCUGUUGGAUUGGAGAGCAACUUCAGAGAAGAUGUGAUUUCUAUCAUCGUUCUCCUGCUAUUAUUGUGUAAUUGCUUUGUGAGACGCAAACGCUCCAUUUCACCCGUUAAUGGGAGGAUUAAUUGUCUGCAGAGAGGCACAGCCACAUCUCUAAUUGUGCUCUGCUUCUCCUGGCGUGACGGGCGAGGGGUGCGAGGGGUUCUGCAGCCAGGAAAGGCCCGGACUGGCCGGGGGCUGGCAGCCUCAGGGCAGGAGCUGAGGGAGGCUGGGGCUGCCCCGGGUGUGGGACAGCUGGGGCAGCCAGUGCCUGCGCCACAAACUCGCAGAGAACUGGCUUUGCCUUCGUGUAACCUCCAAAACCACUCCAAAGAAGGUAAUCCGGGAUGCCUGGCAGUUCCCUGGGGCAUGUUUUGCAUAGCUUUCCCUCCACUGGCUGCUGCCAAAGCCUGCACGGUCUGUAGCACCCGUUUGGGAUCAGAGGAUGCAGCAGCCCCCAUGGAGCAUCUGUGCUGCCCAGACCUUCCCAGCUAGGCACAGGGCAUUCAGAAGCUGAGACUCAGAAUCUCCUGUGAUACCUGUGAGGUAUAACAGACAGAUAUAGAUGGUAUAGAUAUAGAUGAUCUAGAUAUAGGUAGAUAUUUGCUUUGUGUUCAGGCCAUUCAGUGAAAACCUAAGAAUAGGAAAUGUCCAAGAACAUCCAGCCAUCUCUGCUCUUCCCAUCCUUUCCCUGGCUGACAUGGGCUGGAGCUCUGGCUCCUCACAGCCUUCACAGCUGCCACCAGCCUGCAGCUGGGGAACCCCAGUCCUUCUCAGGAGCCAGAAAUGCCUCUGUCUGCUGGGAAAGGCUUCAGAGAUGGAAAGGUUUCCAAGAUGGAGUGCUCUGCAGACAGCUGUGGCAUGGCUCUAAGGUCAAGGAGGAACUGUUCAUUGUGUUGCUCUUGGAAUCCGAAUUCCUGGGAGGUUGUCAGACAUCCAGGUCAUGCAAAUGGUAAUGCCUGUCCUGUCUCCAACCUGCCUACAGCCUCUCUUCACUGGGACUUGUGUGCCUCUGAGACUCCACCUGAGAUUUCUGUUUGUUUGGCUGUUACUCAGGUUUUUCUGUGGUUGUUGUUUCUUUAAUAGAACAUCUGGGAACACUUGUCCAGAUCUCACGGCAGGACACUGCACCCUUUGCUCACAGAAACCCCAAGAGCUUGGCUUGGCCAACUGUGUUCCUUGUGACUCCUCCUGUGGUCCCCAUUUCAGAGAUAUGGGACAGGGCAGGUACUUGUCCCCAGUUCAGAGGUACAGGAAGGAGGGAAUAUUUGUCCCCAGGUCAGAGGUUCAGGAUAAGGAGGUAUUUUAAGGGCACUUCUGUUGCAGUUCAGUUGCUGGGAAGCACAGAUGUGUCUCAGACAAUCUUCACCCAGCUCCCUGCCUGAAAACAGGAAAAACAGACAACAGAAGGCAUGAUGGCACAAUUAAGCCAGUUAAAUUUUACCAGAAAAUAUUUUAAUAGGAGAAAAAAUAAGGACUGGACUAAGUGAGGGAAAUGCAGCCCCAGAAGUAUGCAGAGCAGCCCUGUCCUGCUCUGGCCCUGCAGGGAGACCAUAUAAGAGUAAAGUCUGUGGUGUUACUGAUAAUGAAUGUCUCCUCAUUUCUCAUAAAUUCUCUGCUAAAUGUACGAUCACCGAGUUAAUAAUGCAAUGCAGGGCAUAACGGAUAGCCAGUUACAGUAAGUAAAUCAUGUCUGGUAAGAAACAGAAGAGAAACAGAAACUUCUGGCACUUCUACCAGGCAGGACCCCGUGGAAGAAGCCCUGCACGCAGCAAAGCAGAGCUGGGGAUACAUCUGGUGUGGAUGCUUGUUGAGUCUGGGGAAGCAAGGGCUUGCUGUGGAAGGAAGCCACAGGUGAUUCUCUUGGUGCUUGAGACUUCCAAAAUCCAUCUUGCAAAGAGAAACUCUGACUGUGAAAUACAGUGGCCUGAAAUAUAGUAGUGGGUUGCCAGCCAGAGCAUCGUCCCAAAAAGAAGAGCCUUGUCUGUAGGGAGGCAGGUGAAAAACACCCGGGGUGAGGGACAGGGUAGGAAUUUAAGUGGGAAAACUCAAUCAGGUGUGAGCAUAUGCCAGCAGGACCAGCCCCCUGGGAUGGCACCGGUACCUUGGGAUGGCACCAGCCCCCUGGGAUGGCACCAGCACCUUGGGAUGGCACUGGCACCUUGGGAUGGCACUGGCCCCCUGGGAUGGCACUGGCACCUUUGGAUGGCACCGGUCCCCUGGGAUGGCACUGCCACCUUUGGAUGGCACCGGCCCCCUGGGAUGGCACCAGCACCCUGGGAUGGCACCGUCCCUCUGGGAUGGCACUGGCACCCUGGGAUGGCACCAGUACCUUGGGAUGGCACUGCCAUCUUUGGAUGGCACUGGCACCUUUGGAUGGCACUGGCACCCUGGGAUGGCACAUUCCCCCUGGGAUGGCACCAGCCCCCUGGGAUGGAUGGCACUGGCACCUUUGGAUGGCACCAGCCCCCUGGGAUGGCACUGCCACCUUUGGAUGGCACCAGCGCCUUUGGAUGGCACCAGCACCUUGGGAUGGCACCAGCGCCCUGGGAUGGCACCGGCCCCCUGGGAUGGCACCGGUACCUUGGGAUGGCACUGCCACCUUGGGAUGGCACCAGCCCCCUGGGAUGUCACCAGCCCCCUGGGAUGCCACCAGCCCGUCACUCCUGCAGCCCCGCUCACCAUGUCCUUCUAUUCCCCUGGGCGCCAGGGGAAGUAUUUGAAUAUCCUGACUUCAGCAUCUUCAUCCCAAGCCAGGAACGAAAAUUUGGACUUUCCAGCACGAACAACUUUUUCUUUCUCUGCCCAAUUUCCUGUUUGACCUUCCUGAAGGUGCCGAGGACCCGUCGGCGGAGAGGGGCGAAGGCAGAGCCGUCUGCAGCUGUCAGACACUCAUUGUGUGCUGCCGAGGGGACGGGCUCACGGAAAUCCUGCCGAGGGAUGCUCCGGGGCACUGUCGCACAGCCGAACGGCGCCGUGGUGCCCCUGUUUGGGCUCUGAUCUCCCCGAGCCGCUUCCUCUGCUGCAGGAGAGAUGGCAGGCAGGAUGUGCCUUCGUGCCUUUGUGCCCCCGACCCCCAAAGCCUCGGAGGGGCUGCGGGGGACGGCGGGGAUGCAGCCCCGGGUCGCCCCGGGUAGCCCGGAUCACCCUGCCCAGCCCCGGGCUGGCCCCGGGGCUGGGCAGGGUGAUCCGAGCUACCCGGGGCGGCCCGGGGCUGGGCAGGGUGAUCUUGUGAGGAACUGCAUUGACUUGUUUGUUCAUCAAAAGUAUGAAAUUAGGAUAAAAGGGGGGGAAGUCGGGACAUGGAAUUUGCAGGCUUGACUGGUAACCACAAACAAAGGUUGUGAAAGAUUUUGCAGGACUGGCUGGAACUGAUAACCGAAGUGGAAACCCAUUGUUGCUGAAACUGAUAACCACGGUGGAAGGAGACCCAUCACCCCCACUUAUGCAGGAUAAAAAGGGACUGAAGAGAAGGAAAGGUUGUCAGCUUUUGGCGGAACACAGGCUCCGCAGCUGCACCCAGCGCUGUUUGCUUGCUAUCGCUUGCUGUAAUUAAUAAAAUUAUUAAUUGAUCUUAAAA